AUGCGCUUGUACCUCUGCGUAACAGUAACCUCUCGCUACAACGCACCCGCGCCUGGUCAGGAGAUCGAUGCCGCGCUGCUGUAUCCCGCGCUGGCCAGAGUCGUUUCUGCCCAGCCGAUGCUCAAGGUUGGUAUAAGCAAACAAGAUACCAACGAGGCGGCCUUCUGCCACGUCAAAGCCAUCAAUCUGGCGAACCACGUCUCUUUCAAGACACUCGAAGCCUCAUGCGAGACUCUGGACCAGUACAACGACCACAUUGCGUCUCAGCAAGGCUGGCACCACAGCCAGGCCUGGUUGAACAUCGAGGAUACUCCCCCGUGGCGAGUUGCCGUCAUCAAACCAAGCCCAACCGCCCCACGGGCAUUAUCCAACAUCCAAGACAUUAUCUUCUCCUUCCACCACGCUCUGCUAGAUGGCACCAGCGGAAAGCUCUUCCACGAGCGCCUCCUCGAGGAGCUCAACCACCAACUCCAGCAAAGGCCAGCAAACACCACCAACACAACCAACACCACCUCCUCACUCCACUUCCCGGAUGCCCCCAAACUCCCCGAAGCCCAGGACCAAAUCGUCGACUUCUCAAACUCCCCGCUGUACCUCGCCAAAGCCCUCUGGAACCAACUCGCUCCUGCCAGACUCCGCGGCAAGAAACCCGUCCCCUGGCACAGCAAACCCAUAGACUUCUCCAUCCCCUACGUGACCCUCACCAAGGCCGUGGAUUUCCAGGGCCCCGUCGUCGCAAAGCUCCUCAAGGCAUGCAGACUACACAACACCACGAUCACCGGCCUCUUCCACGCCCUCACCGCAGCCUCCCUCUGCGCUCGGCUCCCCGCAGCCAAAACGUCGUCCUUCGUGGCGACCACGCCCAUCAGUUUGCGGCCGUUCCUAGGACCCUCCGCCGACCCGGAAUUCAAACACUCGCUCCGCGUCCUGGUAACCGCCCACGAGCACGAACUCCCCGCCCCGCUCAUCGACCACCUGCGCACCUCCAAGUCCCCAGACCAAGACAUCUGGGGCAUCGCCCAGCAGGUGAAGCAGGAUCUCAACACACGGCUGGCCAGCUUGCCUAGAGACGACGUCGGCGGCCUGAUGAAGUACAACUCCGACUGGCUCGGCUUCUUCCAUAAGAAACACGGCCAGCCGCGCCCCGCCUCCUGGGAAGUCAGCAACAUUGGUGUUUUCAAGACGGCCUCGGGGCCGGGCUUCACCGUGUCAAGGAUGUACUUUACAAACGGGGCAAUGGUGACGGGCUCGCCGCUGUCUCUGGGACUCGCCAGUGUAAGCGGGGGGCCGUUGACUGUUGCCCUUUCGUGGCAGGAAAGCGUAGUUGAUCAGGCCUUGAUGGAUGGCUUGGCGGGAGACUUGGCACGCUCGGUGACGAGGUUUAACGACACGGGCGAGUUUGGGGCCAUGGGGUAA